AUGAAGAUUAGUGCCGCUUUCAUCCUCGCGACAGUUGCCGUCAGCGUCUCGGCGGGCGGCCCCAAGAACAAUUCCCCUCGGUUUACGGGCUUGAACAAGAUUCCCGACAAUGAGCCACUGCCUCUCCACCAGGCGCCCGACUGCUACCAGAGCUGCUUCCAGUCGGCGAACCACGCACUCACUGGGGACAUCAACACCGUGAACCAGAGGGAGUUUUGCGAAGACAAGUGGACGCACUUUGAUUGGUGGUUUGAGACCUGGUUGAUGGGAUGCGUCGUACCGAGCUGCCCCAAGGAGGAUGGCGACAAAGCUCGACGAUGGUUCAACUCGAUCUGCCGUAGUAAAUCCUGA